GAACAAAAAACCUAAGAAGUAACGCCCGUCGCGUUCUUCAUGUGCAAACGGAGAAGCCAAACGCACCAGCAAAUUUGUCGGAAUAUUAAAUUUUCUCACUACAAAGCCAAAAACAUCAACAGCAAAAGUAGAAGACAGCAACAUACCUAGGAUUUAUCACUCGUUCCUCUGUGUCUGUUUCUUCCAAGAGGAAGAAAAAGUAGAAGAAGAAGAAGGAGGAGGAGGAAGAGUGAAGGGAACUGAACCAACAGUACCAAGCAACAAUGGCGAUCGCUUUCUCCUUCUUCACUGCGCCCACUUCAUCUUCAUAUUCAUUCUCUUCUUCCAAAGCCGUUCCUUCUCUUUCCCUUUCUUCCUCCCUCGGCAUCCGCAUCCCGCGGCGCGCGGAUCGCUUUUUCCCUCUCUGCACCACAAUAGGAGCCUCUGUCGGCGGAUCCUUCGGAGGACACGGUGGCGGACAUGAUGGUCACGGACAUGGCGGUGGUGGCGGCGGCGGUGACGACGAGCACGGCAAUGAGGGAAGGAACGAGGCCUUGAUGGUCGUGGCGGAGGCGGGGAGGGCGUUGGAGAGCGUGCCGGCGGAUUUGGCGGCGGCGAUAAAGGAGGGAAAGAUUCCGGCGGCGGUGGUGACGCGGUUUUUGGAGCUGGAGAAAUCCGCGUUCUUCCGGUGGCUGCUUCAGUUUCCCGGUUUCAGAGAGCGUCUCCUCGCCGAUGAUCUCUUCCUCGCGAAAGUCGCCAUGGAAUGCGGCGUUGGCGUCUUCACCAAGACUGCUGCUGAGUACGAUCGAAGAAGAGAAAACUUUUUCAAUGAGCUCGAAAUCGUCUUCGCCGAUGUGGUGAUGGCCAUCAUUGCAGAUUUCAUGCUGGUUUAUCUUCCUGCGCCUACUGUUGCGCUUAGACCGCCACUCGCAGGCACUGCAGGGCCUAUUGCUAAGUUUUUCCAUGGCUGCCCGGAUAAUGCUUUUCAGGUUGCUCUGUCUGGGACAUCAUAUUCAUUGAUACAGAGGAUUGGUGCAAUUGUGCGUAAUGGGUCUAAGCUUUUUGCUGUUGGUACUGCUUCAUCGCUGGUUGGUACUGCUAUGACAAAUGCCUUAAUCAAUGCAAAGAAAGCAGUUAAAUCUUCGGAAGGGGAAAUUGAAAAUGUUCCCAUAUUGUCUACCAGUGCUGCCUAUGGUGUCUAUAUGUCUAUUUCUAGCAACCUCAGGUAUCAAGUAGUUGCUGGAAUUAUUGAACAGAGGCUUUUGGAACCUUUGCUGCACCAGCACAAGCUAAUUCUCAGUGCACUGUGUUUCGCUGUGCGAACUGGCAACACUUAUUUGGGUUCACUACUGUGGGUGGAUUAUGCUCGUUGGAUAGGUGUUCAGUAGGCUCAAGACCAAGAUUACAUGACUUGGAUCUUUCUUCGUUGAGUAGAUUUUUCUCUAGAUGUUCAUUUGCUUCAGUAGUAAACAUCACAAAACCUGUUUCUUUUCUGCAGAGGUUUGGUUGUAGGAUUGUUAUCUCAAUAGGUUUUCGUUCUCUAUUUUUACAUGCUCAUCACUGAGUACUUUCUGCGUAUUCUUCUUUGUACAAGUUUCCUCAUUCAAUAAUGUGAUGAGGAUAUGAAAUAAUUUAUUUUUGUUAUCAGAACAUGAUUUGACAGUCUAUGAAAGUUGAAAAUCUUGUGAUUGCAAGAUACAAAACAAG